AUAUCUCCGACAACAACCGGAUUUUCUUCCCGUGGGAGACCCGUACUACAUGCACAUGUUAUCAAAGGCCAACAGACCCUGUUUUCCUUCCUGCAACCUGCCCUGGAUAUAUAAACAGGACACUGUAAUGGGUUUAUUUUAACUCGUGUUUGAUGUAGUACAGGAUUCCGUAGUCAGCAUGCUUGUUUCUGAGAAUGUUCACUUUUAUGGACAUAUUCGUGGGCGCACCAGAACUUACCGUGUGGAUAUGCAUUCGUUGCCCUGGCAACAGUUGCUGCUACCGUAGGAUUGGGAGCUCCAGGCUGGAUGAUAAGAACAGAUCUUUUUGGAAAUCGACACUUUUUCGGCCUGUGGCAAAAUUGUGUUCAAGUUCGUGGAGGAUUGUCCUGUAGUUACUUGGACUACAAACGUCUUGAUGAUUAUAUGAAAACCACCCAGGCUAUGGCGUGUAUCGGGGUGGCCAUCCUCAUUGCGUCUACUCUGUAUGGAAUGGCUGUCAACAUGGAGUGUACAGAUUCUCCAUCAUCGCCAUUCGUCGAGACAUCGGCGUUUCUAGGCGGUUUGAGCCUUUUCAUUGGCUGCAUGGUGUGGGCGGCUUACAGGGACAAGUUCUUCAUCCCAAUAUUGGACAGUUUAGGUUAUGCCAUGAUACUGGCUACUGCUAGCUCUGUCCUCGCUAUUCUCGCCUCUUUUCUUGUGGCAAUAGGAAGUCACCAAAGGUUUACAAUCAGAUAGAUGUUUUCCUAGAUGAAGUGUUAUCCAACGGCGCUUUAACAACGAGUGGGUUUCGUCAUUAGAAACGAAUGGCAAAGUGACUCACCAGAUUUAAGUGUAAGCUUAAGUCCUAUUCUCUCUCACAAAAGGUUAUCAUUUUAUAAGCUUAUCUCAUGGAACUGCGUGUGUAAUGUUUUAUUUUUCUGUCUCUCUCUCUCUCUCUCCUACACACGCACGCACUCACACACAAUUUAAAAAAAAAUGAAACGGGUCUAAAUUUUCUAAAAUUCAUUUAUCAAAUAUUUACCGCAUUUAUAAAACAUCACGUGUGUUUUUCAGAUGUUAAUACGUUUUCGUCAGCUUUUUCUUUGUUUCAAACUUUUGUAUUUGAGGACAUGUUUAUUUACAAAAGCUAGGAUGACUUGUGUUUAUUGUGUGCAAAGUCGCUAUGAUUUGUUUUAGACGUUGAAAUUUGCAAAACAUAAGCACUUAGCACUUGCAACAAGUACUCGAUACGAACUGUAGAUUAUUAAACUACAGUUAUAGUUCCUAACGUUUGACUGGUCUCUUUCCAAGAUGAUUAACCCCAAAUAUCCAGUUAGGGAUUUUUGAUUUAUUAACAAGUUCCAAUAAUAAAUGUAGAACAACAUAACAUUAUUCUAUAAGAGCAAGAUCUCACAGUCGAGGAAAGUUUGAGAAAAAGCUAGUUUAAACACUUAGUUCUAUGUGGUACUUAGGUAUUAACAUGGUUAGAAACCUGGAUUCAUCUGCUAUGAUCUUUUUUUCAAGUUCUUGGUGUGUUCUUUAUUAAAACUCUUGCCGCUUACUUUCA